GCCUCCCGCACAGCUGCCUGUAUGGCCAGGAACAGGGCCACUCUCUGCACACGGCUGGGCUGCCCUGCGCUGCUGGGCUGCUUCGUGCUGGGCUUUCUCACAGGAUGGUUGACAAAGCCAACCGAAAAAAAACGCGACUCUUCAGAUGUCUAUCAGAGUGUGAGACAGAGACUUGUGGAUGAAAUGAAAGCUGAAAGCAUCAGGCUAUUCCUUCGGAACUGAGCAGAAUUUUCUUCUUGCCAAACAAAUUCAAGGCCAGUGGAAGGAAUUUGGAUUGGAUUCAGCAGAACUUGUUCAUUAUGAUGUGCUGCUUUCCUACCCAAGUGAAACGCAGCCAAACUACAUCUCAGUAAUUGAUGAUCGAGGGAAUGAGGAGAAUUAAUAGGUAGAAGUGAAGAGGUAAGAUGGAGCUGCUAGAGAAGCAUCAUAGCACAUUGGCAGGAAUGGAAACCCCUGGUAGGAACUGAGGAAUAUGUGCUCAGGAAGGAAUGAACUUAGAGGUAAAAGAAUGGAGAAAGCCUUCCAGGAACUCCUUAAGACAGUCUCUGAGAGAGACUCUCAUAAGGUGACAAAGAAUAAAAGUAAACCUUGAGACAACAUGAGUGUUACAGAUAGAUAGUUGUGAAAGGCUGUGUGUUUAACUGGAGCAUAACUAUUUCAGAGAGGUGAAGACAUGAAUAAUAACAUAGGUGGGAGUUAUCACAAGAAAUGCCCAUGAUGGCAUGGAUGAACUAGGUGUCUUUAUAUUGUCAUCACCUCUUGGCAUUUUUCAGCUACUUCUUUACUUAAGUGACUGAUGAGCAUCUUCUGACAAGUGAUCUGUAUUCAUAGCAGCAUUAUGUUAUAAAAAUUCAUCCUCAGCUGAUUUUUCUUUGAAGUUAUGCAUGGUGUUUAGCAUUCCAUCUUUCUGCUGACAGUUUAAGGAAAUUAGCAUAUCAUUUGCAUUAGCCAAACUUAUACCUUGAGGUACAUUGCUUGACCAAAGACUUAUGUUGUUUAUUGAUAGAUUUUCAAUACUUCAUCAUUUGAACCACCUCCUCAGGGAUAUGAAAAUGUUACUGAUAUAUUGCCACCAUAUAAUGCUUUUUCAGUGUCGGGAACGCCAGAGGUAAGAAAGAAAAGCAGAUCUGGUAUAUGUGAAUUAUGGUCGCACUGAAGAUUUUUUUAAGCUGAAGCGUGAAAUGGGAAUUAACUGUACAGGAAAGAUUGUCAUAGCCAGAUAUGGGAAGAUCUUCAGAGGAAACAAAGUUAAAAAUGCCGUUUUAGCAGGAGCCAUAGGGAUCAUACUUUAUUCAGACCCUGCUGACUACUAUGCCCCAGGAGUAGAUCCUUACCCAGAUGGCUGGAACCUUCCAGACAGAGGAGUCCAGCGUGGGAAUGUGCUGAACCUGAAUGGAGCUGGGGACCCUCUAACACCUGGUUAUCCUGCAAAAGAGUACAUUUACCGAUACAAAGUUAAUGAAGGUGUAGGGAUUCCAAAAAUCCCAGUUCAUCCCAUUGGCUAUCACGAUGCAGAAGUGUUAUUAUAUGCAAUGGGAGGACCUGCAGCUCCAGACAGCACCUGGAAGGGAGCUCUCAAUGUGUCUUAUAACAUAGGGCCAGGAUUUGUACGCAAUAUUUCAACAAGAAAAGUCAGGAUGCACGUUCAUACAAACAAUAAAGUUGCUCGAAUUUACAACGUCAUUGGUAUCAUCAGAGGAGCUGUGGAACCAGAUAGAUACAUUAUUUUAGGAGGUCAUAGAGACUCCUGGGUGUUUGGUGGUAUUGAUCCAAGUACGGGUGCAGCUGUUCUUCAAGAGGUUGCUCGAAGUUUUGGUAAAAUGAAGACGGAAGGUUGGAGACCUAAGCGAACCAUCAUUUUUGCCAGUUGGGAUGCGGAGGAAUUUGGUUUGCUGGGUUCCACAGAAUGGGCUGAGGAAAAUGCCAGAGUCCUCCAGGAACGGGCAGUGGCUUACAUCAACACGGAUUCUUCUAUAGAAGGCAACUACACACUAAGAGUUGACUGCACCCCUCUUCUCUACAAACUGAUAUAUAAUCUAACGAAAGAGAUUUCAAGCCCUGAUGAAGGUUAUGAAAAUAAAUCUCUUUAUGACAGUUGGCUUGAGAAAGACCCUGCACCUGAAAAUAACAGUUAUCCCAGAAUAAACAAACUGGGAUCAGGCAGUGAUUUUGAAGCUUACUUCCAGCGACUGGGAAUUGCAUCUGGCAGAGUCCGCUACACCAAGAACAGGAAAACAGACAAAUUCAGCAAUUAUCCUGUUUAUCACACUGUGUAUGAGACCUUUGAGUUAGUGGAAAGAUUUUAUGACCCCACCUUCAAGAAACAGCUAGCAAUUGCCAAGCUGCGAGGCAAACUGGUUUAUGAACUUGCAGAUUCCCAGGUCAUUCCAUUCGACUGUAGAGACUAUGGAGAGGCCUUAAAAGGAUACAGUGACAGAAUUUAUAAAUUGGCCAAGAAACAUGAAGAACAGCUGAAAACAUACAGAGUGUCAUUUGAUCCUCUUUUUUCUGCUGUGGGGAACUUCUCAGAGGCUGCUGCUGAGUUUCACAGGAGGCUUGAGCACGUGGACAGGAAGGACCCAGUCGCAGUGCGAAUCAUGAAUGAUCAGCUGAUGUUUAUAGAAAGAGCUUUCAUUGAUCCUCUUGGCUUACCAGGAAGGAAGUUUUACAGACAUGUCAUCUUCGCUCCAAGCAGCCACAACAAGUAUGCUGGAGAGUCCUUCCCAGGUAUCUAUGAUGCCAUGUUUGAUAUUGAAAGCAAAACCGAUCUUCACGGAGCCUGGGAAGAAGUUAAGAGGCAGAUUUCCAUUGCAGCCUUCACUGUGCAGGCAGCUGCAGAAACACUGAAAGAAGUAGCAUAGGAUGAUGGCUUUGAAAAAUGCACUGUACUCUGGCUACUGCAGUGACCAGCCUCAGCUAACUGCCUACUGUGUCUGAGCUCCCAACCUUCAAAAGCAUUGUCUUAGAGGUUUACGCAGAGACUCGUGAACAGUGAGGAUCCAUCACUGUGUACCUCCAUCCUGUAUUUGCAUUUUGGAAAACAGAGAUUAUGGGAUAACUGAGAACUGACCUCUCUGCUCCUGUUGAUGCUCUCACCAAUCCCAAACCAGUGGCAGCUCUGAUCUUUUUCUUCUUUCCCAGAAGAGCUCUUUCACACAGUGAUGUCCUCUUCCAGUUGAAGGGGGUGGAUGACAGCAUUGCCACCAUUGGUGUAGGGCUGAAGUGUAUGGAGUAAUUCUGUCUUCUGUUAAGACCUGAGAUAGUUUUCCAUCAGGAGCUGCAUAUAGAAUCAUAGAAUCCUUAGAAUUGGAAGGGACCUUUAAUGGUCACCUAGUCCAACUCCCCUGCAAUAAACACGGACAUCCACAGCUAGAUCAGAUUGCCCAGGGCCUGAUCCAGCCUCACCUUGAAAGUCUCCUGGGAUGGGGCAUCAACCACAUCUCUGGGCAACCUGUUCCAGCACCUCACCACUCUCAUUGUAAAAUACAUUUUCCUUGUAUCCUACUUAAAUCUACCCUCUUUAAGCUAGAAGCCAUUUCUCUUUGUUCUAUCAUUGUGGACCCUGCUAAAGAGUCUGUCUCCUUCCAUCCUGUAGAUCCCCUUUAGAUAUUGAAAGUCCAAACUGUACAAAACUGUUUAAUUUGUAAAAAAGUAAAAAUAAAAUAAAAAAUAAGGUUUCAUUUGCUUCUAA